GCUUACUUGCUUGCUUGCUGAGUGUGCUGUAGGGUGCAGGAGACAGUCACGAGGGGGUUUGGCAGUCCCAUGAGCGGUCCCGUUUGGAAUACUCACCCCAAUCCGGUUUGGAGAAAUCUCGACUGACCGAAAGAAAUGGAUCGGAAGAGGACAACCCCCGAAAACCCGUCUACUCACUACUACUCACCUCAGACUCAACACCAGGGAUGGAUUCAAGUGUCAGACAUGACGGGCCCUUCAGGCUACUGGGUGCCGUGUGGCCAUGCGUGUGCAGAGCAGCCGGUGUGGAGCCCCAAGUACUGUGUGGUGACGGACAACCAGAUGUUACUAUUGGACAAGCAGGAGGUUCAUCCCUUGCUUCUGCAGGACAGACAGACGGCCUCGAGGGUUCGUUUGUUGCGUCGCACCAUUAGUGUUCCCGUGGAAACACACUUCCCAGAAUUCAACACUCACAUGUCUCCAGAGAGUGACUCCCCCCCUGAGAGGAGUGGGCGGCGGAGGAGCAUGCCCGGCUCCGAUAAAGUCCUCCCCAACAUGGAGCCCUCGGCCACCGCAACACCCUUCAGAGUCACCGUACUCUGCUUCCUCAUUUUGUUUUGA